UUCGCAGCCAAAGCAGCGGAGGGGACCAGUUCGGCUCCCGAAAAAAACAAAAACAAAAAAAAAACAAGGAAAACGUCGUCACGGUCUCGCUGCGCCUCUGUCCGUCUUUAUUAUUAGCGAUUGGCUCCGCCCUCCUACCUGUGAAUCUUUCCCUGCUCUCCCCUCCUCUGGAGCGGAUCUGAUAGACGCUCUCAGCUGGCCGCUCCGUGCCAGGGCUGCAGGGGGACCGAAUGGAGGCAGCGACAUCCACCCGAGCGACGCGCCAGUCCUCGCCUUAACACAGAAGCGAAAACCCGAACCGCCUGUUUGAAUAUGUAGUCUUCUGAUCUGCGUUUUUCUCCCCAUUUAGGACAGAAUUAGACGCCAAGCGUUUACAGUCGAGUGAAGAAGUGUUAAAAUCGAUUCUUUAUCCGCUGAUCGUCAAGAUCCCUGAAUGGAAGACGGCUAGAGAAGGAACACAGCCCGGAACAUUUUUAUUAUUAAUUUUAUUUUCUAUUUUUUCCCUUGUUUGUGCGCCUGCAUUAUCAGGAAAAAAACGCAGCAGCCUGCAAACGACGCCGUCCCUGUCGCGGCAUAUGUCGUGAAAGAGCCAGAAAAGCCCCUCAGAAUGAGAAGCGCCUAAGAUUCGUCGUUAUUAUUGCGGAUUUAAAUGCCUCUCUCCAAGGGGCCACCGAGGCGCUAUUUUGGUCUGCUUUGCGUGCGCGGCGGCUCACAGUCAUUAAUCAUAAAAAAAUUAAUAGGCUUUUAAAGAAAAUAAACAUAAUUUGGUGGGGGUUAUCAGAAUCUAAUUCAAAAAGGGUUUUUUUUUCCUUUAUUUUUUUAAGCAAUAUGGCUGGUGAGUGGGGCUGGGGACGCUGGCACAGGCUCUCCAAGGCUCCUCAAUGCUAGCCGAGGCACAUGGCACGGAUCCCCAUGGAAGCGACAGCUCUAUGAGGACAAGCAGCAUCGAUAACAACAACAAUCCGGACUCUUCGAUCUUAAUAUCCAAGAUGGAUCGCGUUGUCAUCCACACGUCUGAGGUGCCAUGCGACACUUAUGGACAGCGCAUGUGGUGGGCAUUCCUCGCCUCCUCCAUGGUGACGUUUUUCGGGGGUCUCUUCAUCAUCCUGCUGUGGAGGACCCUCAAGUAUAUGUGGACUGUCUGCUGCCACUGCAACAUAAAAAAAAAGGAGGCUCAGAAGGUGAAUAACCCUGCCAACAACCUAACGGCAGACAAGACAACAAAAGGUCCUGAUGAGAAGGAGGAGGUAGUGGCCAGCGAAGUGGGAUGGAUGACUUCAGUCAAAGACUGGGCUGGUGUUAUGAUCUCCGCUCAGACACUCACUGGCAGGGUCCUGGUGGUGUUAGUCUUUGCACUCAGCAUUGGAGCCCUUGGAAUAUACUUUAUAGACUCCGCAGAUCCUAUAGAAUCCUGCCCUAUCUUCUACGAAGAUUUUACACUACAAAUCGAUAUGGCCUGCAACAUCUUCUUCCUUCUGUAUUUUGGCUUGCGGUUUAUAGCAGCCAAUGACAAGCUGUGGUUCUGGCUGGAGGUCAACUCGGUAGUCGACUUCUUCACUGUUCCUCCUGUGUUUGUCUCUGUCUACCUAAACAGAAGCUGGCUUGGUUUAAGAUUUCUGAGAGCGCUAAGACUGAUUCAGUUUUCAGAAAUUUUACAAUUCCUAAAUAUUUUGAAAACAAGCAAUUCCAUCAAGUUGGUGAACUUGUGUUCCAUCUUUAUAAGCACAUGGCUCACUGCGGCUGGAUUUAUACAUUUGGUAGAAAACUCAGGGGAUCCUUGGGAAGGCUUCACAAAUUUCCAGACGCUGUCUUAUUGGGAAUGCGUCUACCUGCUGAUGGUGACGAUGUCUACAGUGGGCUAUGGUGAUGUCUAUGCAAAAACAACCUUGGGCCGCCUGUUUAUGGUCUUCUUCAUCCUCGGUGGUUUGGCCAUGUUUGCCAGCUACGUCCCUGAAAUCAUAGAGUUAAUAGGAAACCGCAAGAAAUAUGGUGGUACCUAUAGUGCGGUUAAUGGGAGAAAGCACAUUGUGGUCUGUGGUCAUAUUACCCUCGAAAGUGUCUCCAACUUCCUCAAAGACUUCCUACACAAGGACAGGGAUGAUGUCAAUGUAGAAAUUGUUUUUCUCCAUAAUAUUUCCCCUAAUCUUGAGCUGGAAGCCUUGUUCAAACGCCAUUUUACUCAAGUUGAGUUCUACCAGGGAUCUGUUCUCAACCCUCAUGAUUUGGCCCGAGUGAAGAUCGAGUCAGCGGAUGCCUGCCUGAUUCUGGCUAACAAAUAUUGUGCAGAUCCUGACGCUGAAGACGCUUCUAACAUCAUGAGGGUCAUAUCCAUCAAGAAUUACCAUCCCAAGAUCAGAAUAAUAACACAGAUGCUACAGUAUCACAAUAAGGCUCAUCUGCUGAAUAUUCCCAGCUGGAACUGGAAGGAAGGUGAUGAUGCUAUAUGCCUGGCCGAGCUGAAGGCCGGCUUCAUUGCCCAGAGCUGUCUGGCUCAGGGACUGUCAACCAUGCUGGCCAAUCUCUUCUCCAUGAGGUCCUUCAUUGAGAUUGAGGAAGACACAUGGCAGAAGUAUUACCUUGAAGGAGUGGCUAAUGAGAUGUACACAGAGUAUUUGUCCAGUGCCUUUGCAGGCCUCUCCUUCCCCACUGUGUGUGAGCUGUGUUAUGUGAAGUUGAAGCUGUUGCUCAUUGCCAUUGAAUACAAGUCUGAGCAGAGAGAGAGCAGUAUCCUCAUCAAUCCAGGCAAUCACGUCAAGCUGCAGGAUGGAACACUCGGAUUCUUCAUUGCUAGCGAUGCCAAAGAAGUAAAGCGAGCAUUUUUCUACUGCAAAGCUUGUCAUGAUGACAUCACUGACCCCAAAAGGAUCAAGAAAUGUGGGUGCAAACGACUGAUUUAUUCCAAGAUGUCCGUCUACAAACGAAUGAAACUGGCAUGUUGUUUUGAUUGCGGCCGUUCAGAGCGAGACUGCUCUUGCAUGUCAGGCAGUGUACAUAGUAACAUGGACACCCUUCAGAGGGCCUACCCACUUUCCUCUGUCUCUGUUCAUGAUUGCUCAACCACUUUACGUGCCUUCUCCUCAGCUAAAUAUAAGUAUAAUGGAUUUGUCAGAUCACCAGCAGAUGGCGCUACAACACCACGGAACUGUGGAAGCCAGAAAGAGGCUGGCGUUCGAUUCAAAGCUGAUUGCAAUCUAGUUGAGGACGAGCAUCCGUCGACUCUCUCGCCCAAAAAAAAACAGCGCAAUGGGGGAAUGCGGAACUCACCCAACUGCUCGCCCAAAAUGAUGAGCCGACAUGACCCCCUCCUAAUCCCUGGAAAUGAACAAAUUGAGAACAUGGACAUGAAUGUGAAGAGGUACGACUCCACGGGGAUGUUUCACUGGUGCCCUUCCAAAGAGAUCGAGAAAGUCAUCCUGACCCGAAGUGAAGCCUCCAUGACUGUGUUGAGCGGCCAUGUAGUGGUCUGUAUAUUUGGGGAUGUCACGUCCGCUUUGGUGGGGCUGCGAAACUUGGUGAUGCCUUUAAGAGCCAGCAACUUUCACUACCAUGAACUAAAGCCUAUAGUUUUUGUUGGCUCAUUGGAAUACCUUCGGAGAGAGUGGGAGACUUUACACAACUUCCCCAAAGUCUCUAUCUUACCUGGUACACCAUUAAGUCGGGCAGAUUUAAGGGCUGUCAACAUCAACCUCUGCGACAUGUGCGUAAUACUGUCAGCCAAUCAGAACAAUAUCGAAGAUGCCUCACUGCAGGAUAAGGAAUGCAUCUUGGCAUCACUCAACAUCAAGUCUAUGCAGUUUGAUGACAGCAUUGGGGUCUUACAGGCUAAUUCCCAAGGUUUCACGCCUCCUGGAAUGGACAGGUCAUCUCCAGACAGCAGUCCAUUACAUGGCUUUGUGCGUCAGGCUUCGGUAACCACCGGAUCCAACAUCCCCAUCAUCACAGAGCUAGCUAAACCUGGCAAACUACUGCCAUUGGUUUCUCUCAGUCAGGAAAAUAACAGUGGAACCAGCAUACAAAUGAUAACAGAGCUGGUGAACGACUCGAAUGUUCAGUUCCUGGACCAAGAUGAUGACGACGACCCAGACACGGAGCUGUACCUGACUCAGCCCUUUGCCUGUGGCACCGCCUUUGCUGUCAGUGUACUCGACUCCCUGAUGAGUGCGACAUACUUCAAUGAUAACAUCCUCACACUAAUCCGGACACUAGUCACAGGAGGAGCCACGCCAGAGCUGGAGGGCCUUCUAGCUGAGGAGAAUGCGUUGAAAGGAGGCUACAGCACACCGCAGACGCUGGCCAAUAGAGACAGGUGUCGUGUCGCCCAGCUGGCCCUGUAUGACGGCCCUUUUGCUGACUUAGGGGAUGGUGGCUGCUACGGUGACUUGUUCUGUAAAGCGCUGAAAACAUACAACAUGCUAUGUUUUGGGAUCUACAGAUUAAGAGACGCUCAUCUCGGUACACCAAGCCAGUGCACAAAACGAUAUGUGAUCACAAAUCCCCCGUACGAGUUUGAGCUGGUGCCCACAGAUUUGAUCUUCUGCCUCAUGCAGUUUGACCACAACGCCGGCCAGUCACGAACAAGCUUAUCCCACUCUUCCCACUCCUCCCAUUCCUCCAGCAAAAAGAGCUCCUCGGUGCACUCUGUGCCCCCCUCCAACCGGCAGAACCGCAGCAGUAAGAGCAGAGAGGCGCGUGAGAAACAGAAUGCAACAAGGAUGAAUAGAAUGGGCCAAGAAAAGAAAUGGUUUACAGAUGAACCGGAAAAUGCCUACCCAAGGAACAUUCAGAUCAAGCCCAUGAGCACUCACAUGGCCAACCAAGUCAACCAAUACAAAUCUACUAGUAGCCUGAUCCCACCAAUCAGAGAAGUUGAAGAUGAAUGCUGAACAGGGGCAGGGGGGUUUCUUAGAUAACUCACCAGACAUCUGUGCACUCUGUCUAAGGAGAUGAGCAGAGAUCACCGGUGGAGAUGUGACGAUGAUACCGGCAAGGGCAUUGAAGACUGACACAUUUCUCUUCACUCUUUCUUCCAGUCAAGGGUUGAAUGGAAACCCGGACUAGAAGGGAUCUCCUGUGUGUAUACCUUGAUGUUACUUCCAUGCUUUGGACUCUGUUUAAUUUAUAAAUGUAUCCAUAGAUAUGUACAUAUUGACAAUCAAAUAAGGACUGUACAGCCCCUCACCCCUAGCACUUUUUUUUACAUUAUUUUAAGAAUUGACAAAAAAAGUACUUCCUGUUAUUCUUUGCAAUAGUUCACCUCUUCACAAGACCAUGUAUAAGGUGGUGAUGGGUCAUUGAAGAUAGAGGAUUGAAGCGAUAAACUGAUAUUAUCAUCUCCCAAAGAUCUUCCCAGAUGUGUCAUGUAAAACCAGCUGGGUUCAUCGUCAUCAUAUCUUCUGCCUGCUUCUGUUUUCUAUUUGCACUAAAACAAAAAAAAGCUUCUCUUGACAGAACAACUGGAAGCAUCAUCCCUCCACCAGUAAAUUGUCUCGGAGGGGAUUAACAUAUGGAUGGAAAGAAGAAGGAGGAAAGGGAAGAGAAGGGGCGCUGGGCUUUGAAUGCAUACUAAUCUUGUUCUUCGGUUGUUAUCCAUCGUGUUGUUGCUUAUGGUUUGCAGAUUUACCUUGAAUCAUUACUUUGAGCAAGAGCAUUCAAACCUUGCAGAACAUAAUCACCUUGCAAAGCAGAAAUCUAUUAACUAAGAGAAUGGUGCAAUGAAGGUUCAUGCUUCCUUGAAAGACAACUCUGUACACAUAUGUUGUCUGCAGAUAUGUCAAAUACUAAGGCUGAGAUUCACAUUCAACCAUACAUGUGUGCCUAAUCCCCCUAUAUACCACACUGUGGUGGUUCUUACACAAGUGGUACCUUGGGUGAGCCCCUUCUUCUGUAUGCUAAAAUGAAAAGACAGCAUAUUUUAACUGUGUAAAAGGAGUUCCUGCCCAGUGUAGAACUGUCAUGUUCAGGUUUGGUCAGUUUUAAUAUUUUAGAUUUUAAACAAAUACAGUGUAGAUCACACAAAAAUGAUGAAAUUGCCUUUUAAUUUAACAGAAUCAGAAGCUGCUAAUCAGAACAAUUUUCUCACUGUGCUUACACUGUGCAAAAACAGGGCAGCACUGGCUAACCAUUGACUGGACAUGCAAAUAAACAACUGAAAUCCUAGCUUUUCCAGCCUGCCCUCAAGUACUGGUGAUGCCCCCUAAGGUGUGACACCCUGGGCAUUGGACCACUGAUAACACAAACUUUAUAGUUUGGUUGAUUGGUCUGAAAACAUAGAAACGUUAAAGUUCAACCUGUCCAGUCCGUCAUAUAUUAAGUCUUGUGUGUGAACCUGUGCAUCUCAGCCAUUUGUUUCUCCUGUGUCACACUUAACACUGUAAAGCACCCACCCUCACUGGAUUGUAUGUAUUGGUGCAGCCUGGAGGGAACAGCAUGAACGAUCCUAGUACUAAAACAAGACUACUAACAGUAAUAAAAGCUAAAGGGUUUGGAUCUACAAACAAUUAAGUUGCAUUAAGAUUAAAAAGAAAAACACCCAACUAUGAUUGAUUCAUCAUGAAAGCUGAUUGACUUUCCUAAACACGUCACCGUAGCAUCUGUGACAGAACGGGGAUCACAAAGAAGAGUGCUGCCAUUUUCUGAACAUUUUUUUCAUUUUGGUUUCAUCUUAAAGUUUGUGUCUGUUAAAGGAAAUGCCACAUAGUGCAUAAAAGUGGGCAAUAGUGGGCCCUCGUUUGAUCAAAGCCACUGCCUGGCACAGGGUUGGCACAGAGGCAGUUAAGAGCUUGGAUGUUCUCUGCUGCCAAUCCGUAUGUCAAAUGUCUCAAAACUCCUAGAAGUUAACCAGCUGCAAUUCAUCCUGUAAAACAAUCAUAGUUGGUAGAAAUGCAACAAGUGCACAGAUGGCAUUAAAGAACACUGAAGAUGUGGUUGUGUUCUCAAUGCCAGCCUUUGUGCACCUGUAGAUCCAGAUCCAGCUCUUACGGAGUAAACCUUAUUGAAAUGUGUUGGUGGAUUUAUAUAUUUACACUUUAUUUUAUACCCAUAAGCAUAACCAAUUUGUAUUUAUUUUUCUAACAAAGAAUCUAUAAGAAAUUGUUUAAGAAGGUAGUCAAAAUCUUUAACAUAUUAACUAAACUUGUGUUUGAGCAAAAUUACUAUUUAUUUUUCACAUUUAUUUAAACAAUAUAUUAAAUUAUUUUACCCCCCGCAUCCUAUUACUAACAGACUGCAUCGCUCCGGAGCAGACAAAACUCACAGCUUGGCUCCAUUGAGUGCAAUCAGAAAUUAACUUGAGCUCACCUUAAGCAUUGUUCAGUUGCAUUGUGUCUACCAAACAAUGUGUAAGGGUAGAUGUAGGCGAAUUCUGUUUUGGAGUGGUGAUGAGGAGUCAAAGAAGAUGACGUUGCUCCCACUGUGUCCAGGCCAGAGCUAACUGACCUUCAAGAGACGUGUUUGACCUAAAUUAGGUCUCUACUGUGGAGAAAGAGGAUGCGAAAACCACAGCACAGUGUGCUAGCAUUAUCACGAGACAACAUAUUUUAAUAAAAUAAAUAUAUAAGAAGAUGCUGUCUGUUUACUGCAGUGAUUCUCUUCUCUGUGGACUGUAAAGGAAAAUUAACUCCAAACAUAGGAUACCUUUUUGGAAUGUGGAAAAAAAAUAUAUUGUGCUAAACAUGUUUGUGUAAAUUCAACUCAUGAUAUAGACUUCGCGUCUUUCUCAAACAAAAAGCUUCAGUGUCUGUCUAUUGGGUGUAACUAUACUGGCGCUUCAUACACAUUGUCCUGAAGUGAACUUUUGGAACUGUGAUUACAUCAUUGUCACACAUUGUAGUAAAUAGAUUUCUUAAAAAAAAAUAAAAAAGUAUAUGUGAGUAAAAUGCUUGUAUAAUUCGGUUGUUUAUAGCAAUUUUGCUCGCCUGAAUGCUAAUAAAUUAUUAAUAACAUGACAAUGACUCAAACAUUCAAGGAAAAGUCAGAUCUGGUUCAACAUUUGAAAUGGAAGGUAGCACCAAUUCAGCAACAGUUAUCAACAAGUGAGAACAUCCUUGGCUUUCCUGGUUUUUACUUUGUUACAAUCCAAGGUUUACAUUCCAUUUUGUCAGCUUGUCAUUAUCUGUCGCAAACUGUCACAACUGUUUUUGAUUUGUUUACAUGGUACCUUUAAGGCAUUUAAUGGUUCAAACUGACAACACAUGAAUUAAUACAUCAUUUAUUUUACAUAUACCUGAUGACUGUGCUAUUUCUACCUAAACCCCACUAGUACAACUUAUUCAAACCAGCGUUAUGGACAACACUGGACUAAGAUGUUCUUCCUACACCUUUAGGAAUGUCUUUGUACUGCAUACCUCUAAAGCUUUUUUUUGUUAAGUGCCAUGAAGAGUUGAACACGCAUCCUUCAGUCAUUCACUUCAUAAAAGAUAAGAGGGGUUUUUUUUAUCCACUGUGAGAAACAGUGUCUAGUACUGACAUGGAGAACAUCCAAGCCACCAAUGCCUCCAUGCCAGUAUUGUGCCAGGCAGUGCAGGAGGUCAGGAGGAGGGCCCAAAAUUAAGUCCCACUAAAGCGAAAAGUGGCAUUGAGGUCGUCAGAGCUCGGGAAGUUACAACCUCCAGAGGUCAAAUUAUGCAUAUUGUCUCUGUUACAGGUCAUGUCACAUUGUGCAGUGAAAUUUGGAUGACUGAAGGAUUCACAAGCCCAUAUUUGUUACAUCACACAUGGUUUUUCACUUAGAAAAUCAAAGAUCAAAGAAUAAGAUGCAUCAUUUGUUAAUGUGGCAUUAUGUUGCAUUAUUUUUAUUUUCAGUUAUAAUGUUUGUGACUGUAAAAGAUGGGUAUAAUUUAUGUGCAAGGGAUUGUACUAGAUAUACUACUAUAAGAUGGGCAAUGGAGGUAGGUCUCAAGUCUUAACAACACAUUAAAGUUGCGUUCAGCAGUUUUGUCCAAAAAAAUGGUUCCUGUUUAUCAUUUCAGGAAGAUUUCAGAAUACUACCGUUGAUUAUCCCAGAUAGGAAUUGUUGGCAUAUUGUCAUUGCAGUAUACAGGAGUCUGACAUAGCAUUAUAAUUAGCUUGGAUGUGUUUUAGAUUUGAAGGAUAAACGGAUUAUUUGACGGUGCUGAGUUAUUCUACCUGACUCUGUCAAAUAUAAUCUGCUGAUAAAUAUUCUGUCUUGUACAAAAAGUUUGUACAUAGAUUGUACAUGGUUUCUUUUUGUAUUUUCUCAAAUUAAAAUGGAUGUAUUUGUGUUCUAAA